AUGUCUCCCCAUAGCGACGCCACCGUGUCUAUCGCGGACAUCCCUGAACCCCUCCCCACCUACUCCGAUUUGACCAACGGAGGGCCCGUCCUGCCAAACGGUGUCGGCUCAAACGGUUACGGACACGGACACGGACACGGACACGGUCACGGACACGGUCACGGUCACGGACACGGUCACGGUCACGUCCCGACAAGUCACUUUGUCAACGGCCACUGCCACACAGAAGACACAAAAACAAACACAAAUGCGACCACGUCCAACUUGACCCCGACCGACCCCAACGAAGUGCAGGACCUCGUCUGCGUGGGUUUCGGCCCGGCCAGCCUAGCCGUGGCCGUAGCCCUCCACGACGCCAUGGCCGCCAAGACGCCGCUCUUCAGCGAAGAAGGCCGGCAACCCAAGGUCCUCUUCCUCGAGAAGCAGCACCGCUUCUCCUGGCACGCCGGCAUGCUCCUCCCGGGCGCCAAGAUGCAAAUCUCCUUCAUCAAGGACAUGGCCACGCUGCGGGACCCGCGCUCGCACUUCACCUUCCUCAACUACCUCCACCGCGCCGGCCGCCUCGUCGAGUUCACCAACCUCGGCACCUUCCUCCCUUCGCGCGUCGAGUACGAGGACUACCUCCGCUGGUGCGCCUCGCACUUUGACGACGUCGUGCAGUACCAGCGCCAGGUCGUCUCCGUGUCCCCCGACCGCAAGGCCGAGUCGUCGGCGGGGGCGCCCGUGCAGACCUUUACGGUGACUUCGCGCCAUGGCAGGACGGGCGAGAUCUCGACGGUCCGGGCCAGGCACGUGCUCAUUGCUGUCGGUGGCCAGCCUUUGAUCCCGUACGGUCUGCCUGCUUCCCACCCUAGGGUGGUUCACUCGUCGCGAUAUGCGUAUCUCGUGCCGCAGAUUCUGAAGAACUCGAUGGCGCCGUAUCGCGUGGCUGUCGUUGGUGCCGGCCAGAGUGCCGCUGAGAUUUUUCAUAAUGUGCAGCAGCUCUACCCCAACUCGAAGACUUGCUUGAUCAUGCGGUCUGAAUUCUUGAAACCGAGUGACGAUUCGCCUUUCGUCAAUUCCAUCUUCAACCCCUCCUACACCGACUCCCUCUUCCCCCGCUCCAGGGAAUCCCGCCGAGCGGUGAUCCAGGGCGCCAAAGCCACCAACUACGGCGUGGUCCGCCUCGAGCUCAUCGAGCGGCUGUACGAGACCAUGUACGACCAGCGGCGCGAGUUCGGACCAGACGAGCGGACAUGGCCGCACCGGAUCCUGGGCGGCCGGUCCAUCGAGGAAGUCACCGAGGCGGGCGCCGACAGGCUACGCAUUCGGCUGAAGCGGGCGGACGAGAGCGUCCCAGAUGCUACGGCGGACGGCAACGGUCUCGAGGAGGUCCUCGAAGACGUCGACCUCGUCAUCGCCGCCACGGGGUACCAGCGGAACGCGCACAUCGAUAUGCUCCGCGACAGCUGGGGGAUGCUCCCCGAGGUGCCGGCUGCGAAUCGCGGCGGGCGCAGGGCGGUGGACGGGUGGGAGAUUUGCGAGGGCAAUGUCGAGGCCGGGUCGAGGAAGCUGGAGGUCGGACGCGAUUAUCGGGUCCGGUAUGCGGCUGGGACUGUGGCGGCUGAUGCGGGUGUGUGGCUGCAAGGGUGUUGUGAGAACACGCAUGGUCUCAGCGAUACGCUUCUCUCGGUCCUGGCGACGAGGUCCGACGAGAUUGUCAAGUCGAUAUUCCCGGGUUCCGCCAAGUUGGAACCGAAUGGGGCGUGA